AUGUCUUCCAAUAUAGCGUCGGAACUGGCUUCGACGAUUCAAUCCGUCUCAAUCAAGCACGACCCUUCGCCGGAGCAUGACUUAAACCCGUCAACCGCGGCAUCUGAGAAGAUCCCCGCUGUCUUGGAAUCGUCCACACACCACUCUCCUCCUCUCUCUCGCUCCCAGUCCCUCGACUCAGCAACCACUUCCGAGUCGGCAUCGACCAUCCCGAGCGAGAUUAUCCGUCCUCGCCAGCGUCGAAAAUCAUUCCCUCCCAUCCCCGACUUCCGCUUCGAGCAGUCCUAUCUGGCGAGCAUCAAGAACGCAGACUCGGCGUGGAAAGUCGCUUUCAUCACAAUCCGGGACCAGGUCUUCCUGCCGCUCGCUCAGGGCGUUCUCUGGAACCUGCUCAUGUUCGGUUGGCGGCAUUGGAACCGCGGCAGUAAAUUCAAGGGAAGAACACUUGGUGCCCGGCUAAGGAAAUGGUGGUGGGGAGUCAAUAAUUGGAAGACGCCUGUCCAAACUGAGGCAGACGCCAGGAGGGAUGCAAAGGUCCUGAAGAAGGCAGAGGACUUUUUCGUUGAUCGCUUUGGCACUUCUCUGGGCGAUUGA